CUGGCACGCGUCGAGUGUAUAAAAAAAAUUAAAACUUUUUCUCUUAUAAAACUACACAUUCAGACAAUUGAUCUAUCAUUCGUAAUUGCGCAUUUAAUAGUGAUUAUUUAGUAAAUAAUAAUAGCUUAAUGCUCUGAAUAUGUUAUUAAUAACAGUUAAUAACUCAGCAUAAUCGGGGACACUGAGAUUAAAAAAAAAAAGAUUUAAGACAAAAAUAAACCUAAUUCAUGAACUUUAAACGAAAGACUUUCUUUUUUAUAUUUUCGUAGGUUGAAAGUGGCCAGACAGGUUGGAGAUGUAGAAAAUGCCAAAAAUUUAUUUGCUGAUCUUUUGUAUUGUCGUAGCUGAUGCUCAGCUGAAUUUUAAUGGGAAUUCAUUAACAGACAAUACAGAUUACACAGCAGAAGAGUCACAGAAUUAUGAGAGAACAAAUGGACAAAGAGCAUCAGAAUCAAAUGGCUUAAAUAAAAACUCUCCUGACUCAUUAACUGCAGAAUCAAGAAGUCUUUUAGAUAAUCAGAUUAGAGAAAAAUUACUAAAGACAUCAAUCGAUGUUAAACCAAUAAAUGUCCAAUUAAAAGAUGUGAGUUAUAAUAAUGAAAAUAAAAAUAAUAAUAAUGUGAAACUCAUGCCAAGUGCUACGGUACAUCAAGCAUCUCCAGCAAAUCCGUCAAUCAAAGUACUUGAUUCAACAUCCCAUAUGCAAAUGCAAUCAAGAGAAGAAUACUCAACGAAUCAACGCGAUAGUUCAGAGAAAAUUCGUGCCUCACCGAGACAAAUUGCUUCAUCAGUGUCAAACGAAGCGCUCAAUAGUUUUUUAAAUUCACAAACGCCCGAAGAAUCGCAGUAUGCCCUGGAAAAAUAUCUUCAAACUCAAGAACAAGUUAAUCAGUCUCCAGUCCAGUACGAUCCAUCGUUGAAUGUCGAAAAUUAUAAUACGGCUAAUGUAAAAACACUACAGUUUUUACCAAACCAACGAGUAAAUACUAAUCAAGCAAUUCCUGAUCAGAUUGAUGAUUUACCUAAUUUUCAAUCAAUUCCAGAAUUACCGGAGACUCAAAAACUUUACCAAGCUCAAUCAUUGAGAUCUAUUCAAUCUCCAUGGUAUCAAGGCAUUAAAAAUAAACCAUAUUAUUAUCGACCUGGAAUGAGAAAUUCUUAUAUUUAUAAUCAAGGCCGACCUGCUAAUAAGAAAUACUUGCAAUCGCGACUGAUGAGUGACUAUGGACCACAAGAAUCUCUUCAUGUUGGUUAUAAUUCUUAUAACAAACGGGCUAAUCGACGCUAUGGUCCAUAUUCUGCUAAUAGUCCUGUUGUUUAUUCAGCGCAUCCACCACCAAUAACAAGUCCUCCGGUAGACGGUAAUCUUCUGUAUUCCCAAUUAUAUGCUCAAUCUUACGAUCCUUAUUAUUAUAACUAUAUUGCAAAAACAGGAAAAAUUAAACCUUGGCUUUAUGGAAAACUUGGUUCUCGUGAAGAGCCUAGUAUGUGGAAUGAACUCUAUCGUAGCUUUAAAAAACACGGAAUGAAGAAUAUAAUGAAUCCAAUGUUUCUUCUUGGUCUUUCAAUACCUGCUUUAACUCUCAUGCUCUCUGCAAUUAUCUCUAAAAGAUCUUUUGGUAGAUCAGCUGAUGGCAAUGGUUAUAUAAGUGAAGAAACGUUGAAUGAACUUGAAGAGAAAGUUCGUGCAGCUAUUGAGUAUUAUGAAAAUAAUGUGAAUGGUGAUAAAAAAGAUUGUAAAUGACAACGUAGUAUCAGAUUUAUAACUGUUGAAGAUAAUGAAGAAAUAAAGAAUUCAUUACAUUUAGAAUGAAUUCAAACUAAGGUUCAGGGUCAUAAACCUCACGUGGUCUCUUUGACACCAUUGAAAUUGCAGACUGUUUUACGAAUCGAUUAUUACACAAUUAUUUUAAAUGAGUAAUUGAAAGCACGACCCACAGGUCAUGAGAUCUAGACUAUAUAACACUCAGCAUAAUUAUCAAUUACACAUUUACUACAAUUGAUUUUUUUUUUCUUUAAAUAAUUUAGUCUAGACGAGAGAAGAAAGUUAUUUUUACAAAGCAGUAAAGUAAUAAAAAAUUAUUAAUAAUGAACCUCAUGAAAAGACAUUUAUUUUUAUUAUUUAUUCAUACAUCCUUUUUUUUUAUUAAAGUCUCAUUUUUUUCAUCAUAAUGAGAUAUUCUAAUUCAAACGACAUUUUAAGGGGAAGUUGUAUUCCAACUCUAUCUCAUGUACAGUCUAAAAUAUUAUUCAAAUAUACUUUAUAACUUUGAUAAUAUUGUUUUAUAAAAAAAUAUAUUUUGUAUAUAUGUAUAGUUGUACGUUAGAAAA